AUGCUCAGCGUCAAUCCUGGCUGGGGAAAGGAAGAUCAGACUGGCUUUGGCAACAUGUUUACCAGUCUCGUUGCAAAGUACAACCGCGAUAUCCUCGAGAAUUAUAGCUACACAACGAAUUUCUAUGCGAAUUGGGAUUUGUGUAAUAUUGCACCUUGGAUGGCGAUUGGGUUCCUCCUUGAGGCUCGUACUAUGUUCAACUAUGAUAGCUAUCUAGAGGCUCUACUCCCCAGGAAGGCCAUUCUCUUGCAAAUUUAUUGA